CAUCAGCAAAUGACACCUGCGCCGGACAGGCAGCCUCGCGGCGCCGACGCUCUCCAGCCCUCAUCGUGUGGCGCCUGAGCGGCUCAGGAGCCAGUUGCGAUGGCGGCUGAGCAGGGCGCAAGCGUGCCGACGGACGAUGCUCCCGCCUCGGGUCCGGCGGCGUCGAGCGGCCCACGGCCCUUCUUCCGUGUGCGGCUGAUGAACAUCGACCACGUCCUGGUGCAUCCCGGCCCGCACGACCGAGCACAGUCGGCCUUCAACCCGCCAGGCGUGCCGCUGCGGCGCGUGCCCGUCGUGCGCAUCUUUGGCGCCACGCCGCAGGGGCAGCGCGUCUGCCUGCAUGUGCACGGCGUCUUCCCGUACUGCUAUGUCCAGUACCACGGCUCGCUGCAUCCCGAUGAGGUCUUGGCGCACAUUGCCCGGCUCGGCCGUGCGCUCAACGCCAGCCUGGCCGCGUCCCUGCGGCGCGACCUGUCCAACCCGCUCACUGCCACCUCGUACAUCGCCGCAAUCCACCUGGUGCAAGGCGUACCGUUCUAUGGGUACCACGUCGGCGCGCGCUACUUCCUCAAGAUCAGCUUCGUCGACCCGUCGCACAACUUCCGCCUUGCCACGAUCCUCCAGAGUGGGCGGAUGCUCGGCACCGUCUUCCAGCCCUUCGAGUGCCACAUCCGAUACCAGCUUCAGUUCAUGCUCGACCACAACGUCUACGGCUGCGACUACGUCGACCUCGAGCGCGCCUUCUUCCGCUCGCCCUUUCCAGAUACCCCUGAUACGCCUGGGGCUGCCGACGGCAUCUGGCAUGCCGGAAGCAUCCCAAGUCAGUUCGUUCAGCGCCCGAGCCCUGCCCGCGCAUCGUUCUGCACCCUCGAGGUCGACGCGCCCGCGGCUGCGAUCCUCAACCGGCGCCUUCUUCGACCACGCAACAUCCACUGCUCGAUACCCGAGCCAGCGCCGUCUACGAGCGAGAAUGCACAGCGGCUCGUGCCGUCCCUCACAGAGCUGUGGGAGGAGGAGCGGCAGCGGCGGACCCGUGCAGGCCUUCCUCCCAGCAUCCCGGUGCCCGACACUGCAGGCGAGGCGCGCCGCUAUGGGCCAGGCGGUGCGCCGCCAUGGAUGGCAGAGGAGCGUCUGCGUGCUGCGCUUCGAGAGCGGUGCGACGAAGACGAGCGCUACCGCCUCGAGCACAAGUACGAUGCGCGGAGCUACGAGGGCGGCAACGCCAACGACCGCUUCAUCGUGAGCGCUUUUGAGAGCGUAGAGCUCUUCCACGACGCCGCUGCGCCACAGGGCGCUUCAGACCCCCAGACGCAGGCACAGACGCAGCACAUGUCUGCUUCGCAGCACGCCGCAGCCAGCAUCUACGAUCUCGAGCACGCCCUGACGCAGCACCGAGCGCGGACGCACUCCGGCGACAAUUCGCAGAGCGCCGUCUCCGGCAGUCCAGCCUCUCCGCGGCUUCCUGGCAGCGCACCGGCGUCGCAGCACCUGCCCAGCGCCAGUCCGCUCUCAGAUGCAGAGGACCGCACGCUGGCGGCCGACGCCGACUUCUUCGCCUCACAGGCCUUCCAGGACGCGAUGCGCGACUUUGAGCUCGAGGGACAGCGCGAAGACGAGGCAGAUGAUGGCAGCGAUCCGGGCGAUGAUCCAGCGCUCGAUAAUGCCUUCGAUGCGGCAGCGCCACUGACGCCGCGUGCCUCACGGACCGUCGAUGCUCUCAAGCAGUCGACGCCCCGGCAGGCGUCACGCUUCGCUCCACCAGGCACGCCGCAGCACACGCCUACGAGCGCGCAGUCCACGCCGCGUCGGGGACCUCCGAGCGCACAGUCGACUCCGAGGGGCAAAGAGCCCAUGAUGCGAGUAGCGCUGUCCACGCCGCGCAAGCGACACAUCUCAGAUGUCUUCAUGGCUGCUUCACGCGAGGAGCACCCGCGCACUCCCACUCGCCAGCAGCGCACCGACGACGAGACGCCACCUCGCUCUGUUGCACGUAGCGCCGCGCGCGAGGCUGCACUUUCUGCUGCAGAGUCACCAGGCAGUGGAGCCGAGAAGCUGCGCGAGCUGCUCGAUGGCUCUGGUGCCGACUGGCGAGUCCUGCCGGAUAGCCAGGUGGCGGGCGCUGCUGCUCCGUCUCAGAGCGCAACGCGCCUGAACGCGAGCAAGAUCACAGCCGCAGACAUGGUCGAGCACACAGCUCGGCCGGCCACGCUGGGCACGACGCAACGAGUGCGCUUCGGGGCAGCGACGGCAGAAGCAUCGACAGUGCUACCGUCGGAGAGCGACAGCGGCCCAUCACGAUCGAAUCAGAGCGGCUCUACCCUGCCAGGCACUCCCCGCUCGGACGGUAGCGUCCGGCAGUGGCAGUACGCGCAGCCUGCUCCAAGCACCGCCGAGGUGCUCAACUCGUUCGGCUUCUUCGGCCUGCCGAACGUGGAGCACCAGGAUCCGUUCUACUCCGAUCCAGCAGACGUGCCCAAGGGCGCCCGGGAAUACGCAGGCCGUAGCUUCCGCUUCGUGAGCAAGACGCUGCGCUUCCUCCCGGCUUUCAAGCCUGGCAACCCCGAUGCAGAAGGCGCCAAUAAGGCUCCACAGAGGCCUGCUGGCGUGAAAGCCUGGACGGCGUCAGUGCCUCCGCCGACGCGCAAGUCGGUGCAGAAGUGGGCUCACAGGAAUCGAGGCGCGCCAGGAGAGAAACGCGCGCAGGCCAAGGUGCCGAGCACGAAGCCAAUGCCGACAGCUGCAAAGGCCACGCAGGCUGCCGACGCGGAGUUCAAGCUCAGUCAGCGCCAGCCGACGGUGCUCGUCGAGAAGGAGAAGCAGCACAUCACGGUCUUUGCGCUGGAGCUGCUUGUCUGCACACGGGGCGAUCUGAUGCCAGAUCCUGCCAAGGAUGCGAUCUCAGCCAUUGCGUUCAGCUUCCAAAAUGAAGACGACGGACUGGAGGACACCGGCUCGCGUCCGGGCCUUCGCACGGGUCUCUUGCUUCUGGACAAGCACGGCACGCUGCCGGAUCCUGCUCGCCUUGGCAUCGCCGGCCUGGACGUCGAGGUGCUGUCGACCGAGCUGGAGCUCUUCAACGCGCUGGUGGACCUCGUGCGCACGCUCGAUCCCGAGAUCCUCGUCGGCUGGGAGAUCCACAACAGCUCGUGGGGCUACGUGGUGGACCGCGCGAUGAAGGAGCUCAACUUCGACAUCAUUCCCGAGCUCGGGCGCGUCAAUUCGGGCUCGACCGGAGGCAAGGGCGACAAGUGGGGCUACACGCAAACGUCCGGCAUCAAAGUGACCGGCCGGCACAUGCUCAACAUCUGGCGCCUGAUGCGCGGCGAGCUCACGCUCAAUCAGUACUCCUUCGACAACGUCGUGUUCCACCUGCUGCGCCGCCGCACGCCUCGCUUUGCGCACGCGGUCAUCACGCAGUGGUACAGCUCGGGCGUGCCCGCACUGAUGAAGCGGGCGCUGGCGUACUGGGUCGACCGCACGGAGAUCGACCUCGAGGUCAUCGAGACGUCGGAGGUCGUAUUCCGCACGGCCGAGUUCGCGCGCAUCUACGGCGUCGACUUCUUCUCCGUCAUCAGCCGCGGCAGCCAGUUCAAGGUCGAGUCGGUCAUGUUCCGCAUCGCCAAGCCCGAGAGCUUCAUCCUGCUGUCGCCGAACCAGCAGCAGGUCGGCGAGCAGAACGCCGCCGAGGCGCUGCCGCUGGUCAUGGAGCCGCAGAGUGCCUUCUACAAGGGCCCGCUGCUGGUGCUCGACUUCACCUCGCUGUACCCGUCGCUGAUGAUCGCGUACAACCUGUGCUACUCGACGUGCCUCGGGCGCGUGUCCAAGUUCAGAGACUCGUGGAAGCUUGGCUUUACCGACUACGUGCCGCCUCGCGGGCUGCUCUCGCUGCUCGAGAAGGACUGCUUCGUCUCGCCCAAUGGCAUGCUCUUCGCCAAGCCGCACAUCCGGCGAAGCCUGCUCGCCAAGAUGCUCGGCGAGAUUCUCGAGACGCGCGUCAUGGUCAAGGGCUCGGUGAAGGGCAUGAAGGGCGAGAAGGCCUUCAAGCGCCUGCAGAAUGCGCGCCAGCUCUCGCUCAAGCUGCUCGCCAACGUCACGUACGGCUAUACCAGCGCGACCUUCUCGGGACGGAUGCCGUGCGUCGAGGUGGCCGACGCGAUCGUGCAGUACGGGCGUGAGACGCUCGAGCGCGCCAUCUCGCUCAUCCACGCCACGACGGAGUGGGGCGCGACGGUCGUCUACGGCGACACUGACAGCCUCUUCAUCUAUCUGCCUGGCCGGACGAAGGAGGACGCGUUCCGCAUCGGCCAGGCCAUGGCCGACGCCGUGACGGCCGACAACCCGGCGCCUGUCAAGCUCAAGUUCGAGAAGGUGUACCUGCCGAGUCUGCUGAUGGCGAAGAAGCGCUACGUGGGCUUCAUGUACGAGACCGAGGACCAGACGGAGCCCGCGUUUAACGCCAAGGGCAUCGAGACGGUGCGGCGCGACGGCUUCCCGGCGCAGCAGCGCAUGGUCGAAGCAUGCAUCCGCAUCCUCUUCCGCACGCAGGAUCUCUCGCUCGUCAAGUCGUACUGCCAGCGCCAGUGGCGCAAGAUCUUCGAGGGCCGCGUGCCGUUCUCCGACUUCAUCAUCGCCAAGGAGGUGCGCCUCGGCUCGUACAGUGAGAACGGCGUGCCACCGCCCGGAGCAGCGAUCGCAACGCGCCGCCUGCUGCUCGACCGGCGUAACGAGCCGCAGCACGCCGAGCGCGUGCCGUACAUCAUCAGCCAGGGCAUGCCGCGGGCGAAGCUCAACGACCAGGCAGUGACGCCGGAGCAGAUGCUCGAGAACUCUGCUCUGCGCAUCAACGCCCGCUACUACAUCGAGCGCGGCCUCAUUCCGCCGCUGUCGCGCAUCUUCAACCUCAUGGGCACGGACGUCAACGACUGGUACCGCGACAUGCCGCGGGCCGUCACGUCGGCGUGGGGCGGACGCUUCGCCGCCGACGACGUGGCCGAGACGCGAGCGGCCGCCUCGACGCGGCUCACGCUGGCCGACCACUAUCGCAGCGAGCACUGCCUGGUGUGCGGACGACGAACGGAGCUCGACAUCUGCCCCGACUGCCGGCAGGACCUGCCGACGACGACGGGCAUCGUCGCCUCGCGCCUGCACGGCCUCGAGCAGCGCAGCGAGGCCAUGGCGCGCAUCUGUGCCUCGUGCUCGAGCCUCGAGUCCGUCGAGGAUCCGCCGUGCGUGAGCAUCGACUGCCCCGUGCUGUACGAGAAGACGCGCGUGGCGCGCGAGUCGGCCACCGCGCGCAAGAUUCUCCACCAUGUCGUCGUUGCCAUCGAGCCCGACGAGGCGGUGCCGCCGAGCGAGGGCCGCCUGUGGGGCGCACUCGAGCAGCCAUAGCCGCGAGUGCCCUGGCACCUGAAUAAGAAUGCAAUCAACGUGCGGUGUUCCAGACGCUGGCCGAGAGCGAGGGACAUGCAG